AUGAGCUCCUGCGACGCCCCUGGCGACCCGGCGCCCGCGGCCGCACGGCCGCCCUCCCCGUCGCCGGCGGCCGCCCCCGCUCCCCCCGCUGCCCCGGCCUCCCCGUCCGCUGCCGUCCCCUCCACUCCUCCGCCCUCCUCGCCGUCUCCGGCGCUCCGUUGGGCUGAUAUGGCGGAGUUGGACGAUGUGGCGGCCGGUCGCCCGGUGGUUCGCCGGGACCCCCCGCCUCGGCCGGUCGGGCCCCGGCUGAUCCCCUCGCCCCCGCCCCGGUCCGGCCGCUUCGACGCUCCUGCUCGCCCGCGCCGCUCCGCCGUGCCCUCGCCGAUGACGCCCGGGAAAGCCGCCGCCUUGGGUCCCCGGACUGCUCGCCACCGCCGCGCCUCGGCGUGGGGUGUCGCGGGGCGGUCCGACCUGGGGCUGGCUGGCACGUCCUGGCGCCUCGUGGAGGCCGCUUCCCUGGCCGUCGUGCCUCGGACAUCUCCGCGUCAGGCGGCGUUCCCCCCUGCGUGCUCUCCGAUCUUGGGCCCCCUCCCGGAUCCACGUUUGGGCCGACCCAGUCGGGUCGCUCGGCCAUUUGGCUCCCCGCUGGUCUGCCUCGCCCUCCAUCCCCGCACUCCUCUCCCUCGACUGGAACCCUAG